AAACUGUGCUCUCCCAUCCAUUCGGAGCUUGACCAAAUUAAUCUAGCUCUACACAUGCUUCUGAACAAGACGCAGAAGUUAGGAUAGCUCAUUGUAUACAGCAGUUAUCAAAUAUUUGUUUUCCUCCUUACUACGAUAGUUGACCCCAAGGAUCUUCUCAGUCAUGCCUUUCCAGUCUUGCCUAGUACGACCACCUUCGAUGACGGUCACAACCAUCCUUUUGAUACUGUUUGGAGCGAUCUCGAUCAUACUCGGAGCCAUCGCAUGGACUCGCACCACCUCUCUAUACCUUCCGUUCCCAACCGCAAUCCCCGCAACGGGAACUUUUCUUCCUAUGCUUACUCUCCUCAUACCGGCCAUCAACACACUCUACAACAGAUCCUCAAGCAUAUCCAAGUCAAGAAACACACGAAAUCAGUCAGGAACAACUCAAAUCAUCCUAGUCCCAUUGAUAAAUGCCCUACUCGUCAUCCUCCCUACGAUCAUCAUCACUCUCUCCACAACGUAUCUCGUGCCGUCAGAUACCCAGAUUUGCAGCCUCGAGCGCACCUGGCAAGCCUAUUUCCAUAAUAAGAAUGCACCCGCGAUCCGCACGAUUCAGGAUACGCUACAAUGUUGCGGUUUGAGAAGUACGCGGGACAGAGCCUGGCCGUUCAAAGAUGGAAAACGAUAUGGGGACGAUGCGUGUGAGGUGAAUUUGGGAUAUAGGAGGAGUUGUCUGGCUGUUUGGGGUCAGGAAGAGAGGAGUGUUGCUGGAUUGGUGGUGGGAAGUGUGGUUGUGGUCUUUGUGAUGAAGGUUAUUCUGCAUUACUACAGCACCUCUAGGAACCGGAUAGAAUCCAUGCAGGUGUUCAACUCCUCUUCCGAGAUCGAGAAUCGCAGAGGAAGGUCAGACCCUCCAUUGAUCGGCUACAGAGACGAUGACCAUGAUGAUAGUACGGCGGCAGAAAGCAACCAUAGCGGUGAGGAAGAUCCUGGUACGAGACCAAGGCCGGCAUUGAAUGGGACGAGUACUGGGUUAGACCGAGACCCUUGGAGUCAGGAAGGUGCCAAUGGAGCUGGUGGAGAUGAGCAGGCUGGGUCUAAUGGUCCGACUGUUCAUCCAUCUGGAUUAGGAGGCAGUAGGCCAUUGCUUGAUUGAAGGAGAUUAUGAAUCCUUGCAAAGAAAGGAAUCGUUACGUUUGAAGGAACUCUAUUUCAUUCUCUGGAUCUAUUCCGACUCUUCUGUGGUAUGUAGGAAGAGCCAAGUGAGAGGACUACUUAGUACAAGCGCCGCAGUUUCCGCAUAAGCAGUUUUUCACUCAAUUUACUUUAUUGUCGCUAUUCACAGAGGACGUUGAUCUCUUUUGUGCUCUCGCUAUGA